AUGAACGUGAAUCUGUACGCGAACCAAAAGAGGAAUGCUGGAGUUCUUAUUUUGGCAUACGUAGAGCAUUUUACUUUGAGCUUGAAUUUGAGCAUGUGGACAAUUGUAAACUCUGAUUCUCCAAUUAUAGUUGAUUAUAUACUGCUGGCUUUUCCCAUGGAUGUUUCCAGGGUUGACAAGAGCAACAGCAAGAAGACAGUGAAGAAGGGCGCUUGGAGUGCGGAAGAAGACCAGAAACUGGUGGCUUAUAUCAAGAGAUAUGGCAUUUGGAAAUGGACUCACAUGGCCGAACCCGCCGGUUUAGCGAGAACAGGAAAGAGUUGCCGGCUUCGAUGGAUGAACUAUCUGAGGCCCAACAUCAAGCAUGGAAACAUCACCCAAGAAGAGGAAGAAAUCAUUAUUAACUUGCACCGAGUUCUUGGUAACCGUUGGGCCAGCAUAGCGAGCAGACUUUCAGGAAGGACGGACAAUGAGAUAAAGAACUAUUGGAAUACUCGCUUGAAGAAACGUUUUCUCAUGGAAAAUUUGCAAAUGCCAACCGCAUGGGAUGUGAAAGUCAAC